AUGCCAGGCAUAACCAUGGCAGAGCCCACAUCCGAUAUGAAUGGAUCAUCAACUACACUAUCGCUAUACUGGGACUUGGCCUCCAAAGAUGUCAAGACCCGCACACGAGCUGCUACUCUCUUGAUUCAAACCCUCGUCGCAUUACAGGACAAUUACACGGCACAGUCUAAUUGGAUCGACCAGAUCCAUAACGAUAAUGAUGCAGAUAAUCUGGAACUGGUCUGUGCUCCGGAUGUCAGCUAUGCAUUGAAGAGACUGCUACGAGGACUCGCUUCAUCUCGUCAAGGUGCAAGACAGGGGUUUGCUGUUGCUUUAACUGAGCUCUUGACAGUCAUUCCUCACGUUCGCCUCUCGAGACUCAUUGAAUUGCUGCUCUCGGUAUCAGAGAUUAGUGGGAGCAUGAAAUCUCAGGAAGAGCGAGACGGCUACUUUGGUCGCAUAUUCGGAUUCCAGUCUUUCGCCAUAUCAGGAAUCAUGUCACGAUCCUCUACGACUAUCGAAGAUGUCACAAGGAUGAUUGACGAGCUGAUCAAGUAUCAACGAGCUAAAUCCUAUUUGAGAGAAUGCUGUGCUGGUGUCUUUAUAUCUAUUGCUGAAUCGUUAUCCAACACCCCCCUCCAGGAAGAGGGCAUAGAUUACAUGAUAUCAACCAUACUCUCAGAUGGUAUCAACAACCCGGAACAGCUUUGGAUUGGUCUCGUCCUACAAUCCAAGUAUCCAAAGCUCCCUAUUUGGAAGACGCUACUCGAAGGUGUCGACUCUGUUUGGGAAAAGAGCUGGUUGCUGCAUCCUGCAAACAAGCUGAGACUGGCUGAGCUGUUAAAGGAAUCCUCGUAUUCGAAUCCAAGACUCCACGGAGUCUGGGCCGUAGUCGUGGAUGCCAUCUUGUCCAGAAAGGAGACCAAAUCAAAGAGAAAGGUUAUCUCGUUGGCUGAUUUCUGGCAGACGGUGGUACUGGACUCAUUACUCUCGUCAACUCCCGAUCGUAAAUUCGUCUUCUACGAGCUCUUCCGUACAAUUCUUCCUCGUCUCUCGCCGACCCAAAUCCCAACCAUCUUCACCAAGGUCGUCAUCAAGCAGUUGAUGAAGGACUUGUCGGAUACUCAAGCGUUGCUUCAUGAUUCUGCUAAAGCUGCGGCCAAAACACUCUCAGACGUAUCAAAGACCAACCCGGAUGCAUCCUACCAUCUCGUAUUGCAACUUAUUGGACAAUCAGGAGCCCAGGAGCAGUUUGAUAAGGCUACCAAGACACGAACAGUUGCUAACAUGAUGGCUAGCAUGACUGCUGAUGGGUUUUUGAAAUAUGUCGAGUACUUGUUGAAUGCGUUUUUGGAUCAGUCUGCCACGGCUGAAGAAGAAGUAGACACCAAUCGAACUGUCAUUUUGGACCAAAUGACUUCUCUGGUGCGCAACGCCAAGAUCCCAAAGUCAGAGGAAGGCCUAUGGGAGAUAUUAAAGCUUAUGGGUACUUAUGGAUUGUUUAGUGUACAUGGAGAAGCUGCUGAGGAGUUACGUAUUCCGACACCAGCCCUAUCACCACAAAUCCACCAGCUUUGCAAACAGCGUCUCUUUACCGCCCUCGGUGACCUGCAAUCUCUAGCAUUGGAAGCACCUAAAUCUGAAGACGCCUCAGCUGAUGCGAAACCAGCUGCUACAUUAACUAACGGCACCAGAGCGUCCGGAAACACAUGGGCAUAUGAUUUGAAUGAAUGGAUUCAAACCCUGUGUGCUGCACCGUAUGAUGCUAUCGUCACGCUUGAUCUUGAUGAAGGCAGUCGAGGCGUGCGAGCACAGACUGUUGAGACUGUUAAGACUAUUCGUAAAAAGUUGAGCAAGAAUGCCAACAAGGUAGAAAACACUGGUAUCCAAUCACGAUACCAGGCUUUUGAGUUGCUGUUUGUGCAUGCUGUUUUACAGUUGCAUGUUGAUGCUGAAGAGGCGACGGGUACUUUGACUGAACUACAAGACUGCUACACACGAGUCUUUAAGAGCAAGGCAGCCAAAUCGGAGAAGAGAGCUGCAACCAUAGCAGACGCACCAUCCGAAUCAGAACCUCAACCUACUGAUGUCUUGGUGGAUAUCUUGCUGAGCUUCUUGUCUCGGCAGUCUGUGUUACUCCGUGGUGUCGCCCAACAGGCAUUUGGGAUCUUUGCUGGUGAUUUAAGCAAGGCGGGAUUAGACAUUAUCUUCCAGGUCUUGACAACCGACUCGGGUUUAUCAGGAUCCAGUGAGCUCUUCGAUACUGUAGACGAUGGUGCAGAUGACGAAGACGCCGAUAUGGACGAUGCUAGUGAUGACGGAGCCACCGAUGAUGAUGAAGAGACUAAAGCUGAAGAGUCAGAGGACGACCAGGAAGCCAAUGACGAGGAAGACGACGAUGCCGAAGAGGAGCAAGAUCCUGAAUUGGCUGCCAAAGCCGAUGAAGAAGCCGCCAUGCUUCGAUUGGCAAUUCAGUCUGCAUUGGCUGGUACUAAACAUGCCGAAAUGGAUGUUGAUCAGGAUGAUGAGGAAGAGGAGUUGUUGGGAGAUGAUGAGAUGGAUGUGUUCGAUGAUAAAGUGGCUGAGAUAUUUAAAGCUCGGCGGGCUGUCAAGGCUGAACAGAAAGACGCGAAACAACACGUCCUCCAUUUCAAGCUCCGAGUCGUCACACUCCUCGAAAUCUACUAUAAAAAACAACCCACAAACCCACUCGUAAUCGAUACCCUCGUCCCCCUUCUCCGAGUCGCGCUAUCAUCUGCCCAGGACACCGACAGCCAGACCUUGCACAACAAGGUAGUUGCCCUGCUAAGAAAGAGUGUAUUCAAGCUCAAGAAAUAUCCUAUUGAAGAGGGGGUUACUGCAUCAUGUAUUGCCACGAUGCGUGAGAUCCAUGGAUUUGCGGGACGGGUCAAGAGGAAGGACUUGGCGGAAUUGUGUAGUGGGGUCUGUAUGGUGUUGAUUAAGGUUAUGAAUCAUCAGGAUGGAGGGAGUGUGGAUGUGCCUGCUGCUGUUGUGGCGGAGACUCCUACUGGUGAAAAGCACAAGAAGAGAAGGACUGGUGGGACUGGACACACUGUCAAUGAGAUACUAGUUAGAUUUGACUCUACACCCGUCGCCGAAAUCUAUAUCGAAUCCCUAACCAAGUAUAUGAGCAUGAAACGAAGUCCCACGCAACCGCUCCUGUUCCUGGACUUGAUCAACCGAUACCCAGAGAUUGGAUGGGGGCUCGCGACACAUGUCGCCAAGUACACGUCGAUUGAGAAUGUGCCGAGAUCGUUCCAGUUGGUUCAGGCUUAUGUGAUUAUGGGGAGGUUGUUUCAGAUGUUGUCUUCUGUGAUGGAAACCAAAUACAAGGACCCCGUUGAACAAUCGAUUACGAUAAUGGCCAAAUGUCUAAUCGCAAACCUCAAGGCCGAAGAAGGAAAGGCCAUUACCGAUGCUAAAUGGAAGGAGAUAUUCGCGUCCUUGUUGCUGAUUGGUCGGCGUAGUAGGAAGAUGUUUGAUGAAGCUCAAGUCAAAUCUCUAUGGAAGUUCACAGAUGUUGAAGCUGGUUUGAAUGCUUGGAGUCAGACUUCUUCUAAUGCUGCUACUCAGAAUGCAGCUGGGCAGUUCAUAAAACGCACUAUCAUCAUACUGGGCCUUGGCUCGAAUUCACAGCAUCAUCAAAACCUGAUUCCAAACUUGGCUCUCAUUCCACGGCGAUUCAUUGCUGGACCUCCUCAACCAGAAAAGGUCAUUACUGAAAAAAAGGUCACGAUUAUCGCAUCUGCUGCAGCUGCUCCUGAAAAGGAUGAAAAGCCAGCUGUAGUUGCAAGUGAUCCUCCUGUCUUUGAUGGUAAAUAUGAAGCGAUUGUUGAUGGCAUUUUUGUGACAAUACGACACCCAACACUUGCAAUAUAG